UAAUCAUGGCGGAUGUGUUUUUCACGUCGAGUUUUGCAGCCCAGACGUUUGUGUUGAUUUAAUAACAACAAUCGAUCAGUAAAACCGCAUCACAGCAACGAACUAUUUCCUCUGAGAUAAACGACUGAAGCUCCGCAGAGUCGAAGCGGUCGCGUCACCGCUGUCUGCCCCGGUAUCCAUGCGCACAGGUCGGGACUUCAGAUCCGGUUUGGUUCGCUCCUGAGCCUGAGUGUGAUGACCCGUCCGGAGGCGGAGCUUACGCAGGAGUUUCACUUCAGUAACAAGUCGAAGAAGAAAUCACAGAAAACAGAAACUAACAAUGGGCGAUACGAUGGUCGAGGCUGGAGAGGAGGCGACCAAACAGGAAGUCAGCUCGGAGCCGCUUCCAGAGCCGCUGCUGAUCAUCCUGUCCCCCCCGCCGCCUUUCCUACCGGCCCCCGGGCAGCCCACCAUGUUUUGGCACAAGUGGCUUAAAUCUUUCACCCGCUACCUGGAGGCGCUCGGCGAGCACCAGCUGGUGGACUCCAGUAAGUGCGAUCUGUUACAGAACUGCCUCGGUCCGGAGGGGCAGCACGUCUUCGCCUCGCUGGUCCCGGGCGACGCCACGUACGCCGAGGUCAUCUCCGUGCUGACGGGCUUCUUCACCGCCGAUCCGACCGCUCAGAUGUACCGACUCGAGUUCCACCACCGAGCCCAGAUGCCCGGAGAGACCACGGAUCAGUUUGUGUCGGCGCUACAGGAGCUGCUGUGGCGCUGUGACUUCGGGGACCUGCAAGAAAAACGUAUCCUGGAUCAGCUGAUGGCAAAAACCAGCUACCCUCAGCUCAGAGAGAGGCUCCUCCUGGUGGAGGACACGCUGACCUUGGCCGAAGCGUUGCUCAUCGGCAAAGAGGUGGAAUCCGCUUUGAGCGAAUCGGAGGCGUUUGGUUUUAACGAGGUCAGCGUGGCUAUCGAAGACGAUCUAGACGUCCCCGUUCAGAUAAAAGCCAAAAGGGGACGACCGAGGAAAGGCGAGAAAAGAACUCCGGCAAAACCACACGUGAUGAAAACCUCCAAAAAACCCUCGAGACGCAAAGACAACUUCUGUUACGGCAACGAUCAACUUUAUUAUAACGAUAAGUGCAAAAGUUCUGCCGAGACGACUCCUGCUUGUGAUGAACCCGGCGAUGAAGAUGAUAUUGAAGCCUCGUCAUCGUCACAGAUGGUGAAGGAGGAAGCCUGCGACGACGACGAUGAUGAUAAUGAUGAAGAAGAUAAUGAUGACUUUGUAGAUUCCACAGACAAACUCAAAGGGCCGUACUGCCCGUUCUGCACCGGCCGGCGCUUCAGAGACGCCAACAAGCUGGGCCGACACAUGAGGACGCACACCAAGGAGAAACCCUUCAGCUGCCCGGUCUGCUCCCUGACCUUCAGCCAGUCCUACCACAUGACCCGACACCUGCGGAACCAGCACGGCGCCGGGCAGCACGUCUGCUCCACCUGCGGGGAAAGUUUAGGAAGCUUUGCCGAGUUGAAGAGUCACAAGAGGGCGCACAGCCAAACGCUGGCGUGUCCCGAGUGCGGUGAAACGUUCACGAACCACGACACGCUCCGCAGCCACAUGCUGUCACACGGCAAAACCCAGGAAGAGAUUUCACAGCAAAGUGAUGACACGAUUAACCAAGUAACGGUGGACUCGAGUCCGAACAACGACAGCAAUGACAGCAUUGAUGAGGCUGCUGACAACGAUUCAGACUCGAGUUGUGUUGAGACUUUGGAUAAAGGAUGUAACGUUAAUAUCAAGAUGGAGGAAGACUCUGUCGCUAUAUGUCAAGACGGAGCCGGUAAGAAAGACAAAGUCGCUUCGAAGGCGAAACCAAAAGGACAUUUUUGUCCCAUCUGUGACGGCCGGCGCUUCAGGGGUCCGAACAAACUCGCCAGACACAUGAGGACGCACACGAAGGAGAAACCGUUCACCUGUCCCAUCUGCUCUCUGACCUUCAGCCAGUCGUACCACAUGACCCGACACGUGAGGAACCAGCACGGCUCGGGCAAAUACAUCUGCUCUAAAUGUGGGAAAGGUUCCAGCAGCUGGCUGGAGCUGAAGACCCACAAGAAGACUCACGCAGGAGAUGGUCUGAAGUGUCUGGCCUGCGACACACAGUUCAAGGAGAAAGCGGCGCUUGUGAGUCACCUCAAGUUGCACAAGAAGGUCCACACCAAUCCUCGCAGCCUCAUCUGCGGCGAUUGCGGCAAAGUGUUUCGCCGGUUGUAUCAUUUGAAACGUCACAUCAAGACCCAUCGCAAGGCGGCCACCAGCGAGAGCUUCACCUGCCCCGACUGCCACAAGAAGUUUGCCUUUCCAGAAGACUUGAACAAACACCUGGAGGUUCACGUGAAGGAGAACAACGGGACCUGUCCGAAAUGUGACCAGACCUUCACCAGUCCCGAGGAGCUGGAGACGCACAUGGAGGUUCACGACAAGACGUACGCCUGCAGCACCUGCGGGAAGAAGUUCAAGGUGGAGUACGCGCUGAAGAAGCACGAGCAGGUUCACCAGAACGAGCAGUAUUAUUGUUCCAUGUGCCGAAAGCGUUUCAUCAAGCUGUCUCACUACAAAAGACACUUGCUGGUCCACGAGCGGCGGGAAUGUAAAUGUCCGCACUGCGACAGCGUCUUUCUACAGGUCACGGCUCUGAAGUAUCACCUGAGGACUCACAGCGAGGAGCGGCCGCACCAGUGCGUCUGCUGCAUCGAGACCUUCGAGGUGGAGGAAGAUCUGGAGCAGCACCGUCUCAAACACAGGAAAUACAAAAAGGAGAGGCCCUUCUCCUGCACUCGGUGUGACUCCGCCUUCCCCACGCUGGUGGCGCUGACGGAACACAUGAGCGAGCACGAGGGAGAGCUGCCCUCCAACUGUCCCGUCUGCGGCAAAACCUUCCUGAACAAGAAGAAGCUGGAGAAGCACCUGAGCAUCCACACGGGGGAGAGACCUCACCUCUGCUCCAUCUGCGGCAACGGCUUCCCGUCCGCCGCCAGCCUCAAGCUGCACGUCACCAUCCACACGGGGGAGAAACCCUUCAAGUGCUCGCAGUGCGUCAAGAGCUUCAGGUCGUCCAGCGGGCUGCGGCUGCACAGCAGGCAGCACAUGGAGGUGCGGCCUAUCUACGAGUGUCCCGAGUGCGGCCGGACGUACGGACGCAUGACGGAGCUGAAGAUGCACCAGCGUUACCACACGGGGGACAAACCCUACUCGUGCACCUGCUGCAACAAGCGCUUUAUCAGCAAAGACAAACUGAACGUUCACAUGAGGACACACACGGGGGAGCGGCCGUACUCCUGUCCCCACUGUGGACAGACAUUCACACAGACCGGAGACAGAAACAGACACAUCAGUAAAUAUCACUAGUUAGAAUCCGACAAUGCUCAAGUGAAGCUUCAGUUUUGAAUGAUUGGACCUGUGGUUCUGCAUGUUUGUGUGUGUGUGUCAUUACGAGUCAAUUCAGAGAAAGUAAAAGAAACCAAAAUAUGUGAAAAGCUCAACACUAGAUUGUCAUAACUGAUGCUUUUUUCUGAUUGAUUUGGGGUAUUUUGUCCGUUUCAUUUCAAUUAUUUUGUUGGUGCACUUUCACCUGAAGGUUCAGUGUGUAGAAUUUGGUGACAUCUAGUGGUGAAUUUGCAUGUAGCAGCCGAAUACCCCUCACUUCACCCUCUCCUUCCAAACAUGAGAGAGAACCUGUGGUGGCCUUCAGUUGUCCAGUCUGGGCAGCGUCCGUAAAGAAGACCCGUACCUGAUGUAAAUAUAAAGUAUUUAAAUAUAAAAGGGCCCUUUCUAGGAUAAAGAAAACAACAAUUUGUACAAUUAUGUGAAACACAUUUUAUUCAAAUUUCUGUCAAUAGAUUACUUUCACCUAAAUGUUACACACUGGACCUUUUAAUGCACACGUGGGCAAAACAAUGUGAAACAAGAGCAGCACUUAGUCAAGCUCAUACCAGCAGUCCCAGUCACCCACAUACAGAUAAUGCCAGAUUGUUUUUCCAUCAAAGUCAGUGAACUGUUCUCUGGGAAAACAGUGAAAAUGUCUUAAAAAUGCUCCAAAUUUAAAUAUUCAAGAAAGUGGAAAAAUACUUAUUUCGCCCACUGAGCCUCUAGGAAAUCUGUUCAGUUGUUUUCUUGUAGUUCUGCUCAUAAACAAACAUAACCUUGGCAAAGGUUUUUGCUGAGCUGGUGUCAAACGACUUCUCUGAGCAGAUCCAGCGUUGGUUGUUGCCAUGCAAACAGAUUGUCUCUGCAGAUUUGUGUUUCUGAACUUCAAGCCUGGACUCUCCUCAGUGUCACUACAUCACUGUUUAAAUACAAAAGCUCUGCAUGAUGGUUUGCUCCGUGUUGUUCUCGCUCACUCUGCUCAGCCGGGUGCAUUCAGCCUUUUUCUCAUUUAAGCAUCAUUAACUUAUUUACUCUCUCGCACACUUCUCACUGUCCCUCGUGGAUUCAAUCUGGAUUCGAUCAGUCGCUCAGAUGGACACAAAUGACACUAAAAACAAUAAAAAACUGACUCUACUUGCUUCUUCCUGCAAAAAGCAGCUGAAUCUGCUGUUUUCCAGCUGAAGGGCAGCAAAGUGCAAACAUUAACAAGACUUAAGAGAUCUCAGUACAUUCUUCGCCUCUGUAUGUGCUGUUAUGCUGUCAUGUUUAUUUCCUUUUUUUAUAUGUUUUGUUUUUCAGGCUCCUGUGUAACCAAGCAUUAUUAUCCCUGUUUAGAAAA